UGCAAAGCUGCGCGCAUUUCCCGACCUUCAAACUGUUCCACCAUGUCUUGAUGCCGCUACAACCUCGCCCAAUCACCCUGUCGCUCAGGCAGACCUGUCUAUACUAUGCCUGCCGAUCACGAUUGAGUCCACUGGCAGGCGUGCAGCCUCGCCAUCAACAGUUCUCUGGAUCCGCAUAUCGCUUCGAAACCGCAAAGGCCGCCGACGCCGCUGUACCAUUGCGCAAACAACUGAAAGAGGAGGCGAAGCAACGCAAGAAGUCUGCCAAAUCAGCGAAGUCGCCAGGCAAUAAUGCAGCCGACCCACUGCUGGACAAGUGGGAGUUGACGGUCGGCAUCGAAGUGCAUGCCGAACUGAACACUGCCCACAAGCUGUUCUCGACCGCUCAAACAUCUCUCAAUGCAGAGCCCAACGAACACGUCGCUCGCUUCGAUGCUGCUCUACCGGGAGCACAACCUGCUUUCCAGAAGGCGACGCUCAUUCCAGCGCUGCGUGCUGCUCUGGCCAUGGACUGCGACAUUCAAUCUCGUAGUAGCUGGGAUCGCAAGCACUACUUUUACCAGGAUCAGCCCAACGGCUACCAGAUCACUCAAUACUAUGCAGAACCUUUUGCACGCAGUGGUUCCCUGACUCUGACCUUGGAGGACGGUAUCGACCCGAACGAUUUAAGCGAGCCAGGAGCUACCGGCUUGACUAUCGGUAUCAAGCAGAUACAAAUGGAACAGGACACAGCAAAGACAGCUUUGCAACCUCCGUCCACGUACCUCCUGGACUUCAACCGAGUCUCGCAUCCUCUAAUCGAAAUCAUCACUCUGCCUCAAAUCCACUCGCCCGCCACGGCUGCUGCAACUGUCCGAAAGAUCCAGUCUCUACUUAAGUCGGUGGACUCGUGUGUUGCUGGCAUGGAAAUGGGUGGCCUGAGAGCCGAUGUCAACGUUAGUGUCAGAAAGAGAGGUUCUACCGGUGACAACAACGAGUACUCUGGAGUCAAGGGACUGGGCACGAGGACUGAGAUCAAGAACUUGAGUUCGUUCAAGGCAGUUGAAGAUGCUGUGACAGCGGAGCGAGAUCGCCAGAUCAAGGUUCUCGAGGCUGGAGGUGUGAUUGAGGGCGAAACAAGAGGUUGGACAAUCGGCAGUACGGAAACGACUCGUCUUCGAAGCAAGGAAGGAGAGGUCGAUUACCGUUACAUGCCGGACCCAGACUUGCCUCCUGUCCUGAUCUCGAGCGAGCUGGUGAACCAUCUCAGAAAGACUUUGCCCGAGCUGCCAGACUCUACUAUUUCAAGGACUCUUAACGACUUUGGCUUAUCCAUGAAGGAUGCCAAGACACUUUUCUCUUUCGAUGACGGCGAGAGACUAGAAUACUGUGCUGAGACGAUUGAUCUGGUCUCGAAGAAAAUCUCUGCCCAAGGAUUGAACGACGAUCAGAACCAAGCCAAGGUCGGCAAGCUGGUUGCUAACUGGGUCUUGCACGAGCUCGGUGGCUUGCUCACCUCGGAUGGUCGAGAAUGGUCGGAUCUCACAAUCACCACAGAGGAGCUUGCUUCUCUCCUGGCAAACCUCAUGUCAAAACAAAUUACUGCUCGCGUUGGCAAGCAAAUCCUGCAACAGCUCUAUGAUGAGGACUCUGAUGACAGAAUAUCUGUAGAUGCUCGCAUUGACGAAGGCAACCUUCGUCUGCGCCCGAUCAGCAGGGAGGAGUACAUCGAGCUUGCUCAAUCCAUAAUGGACGAGAAUCCUGAUAUGGUCAGCGCAGUUCGCGACAAGGGCCAGAAGGGCAAGACCAUGUGGUUCGUUGGCCAAAUGGUCAGAAGAGCAGAGGAAGGCACAGUAGAAGCGGAGAAAGCAAAAGAGAUCAUCGAGGAGCUUCUGUUUCCUUGA